AUGCCGAAAAUUUUUCUCAUCAAAAACCGCUUGCAUCAGCAGCAACAGCGGCUAUUGGAAUCACAAAAUCUACUGCAGGAUAAAAAUGAGGAUCAUCGCCUUGUACCGCCACUAAGUCCCUCACCGCCGGUAGGCGGUGGCGGUAAGCCCAACUCACCGCCAGUACCCACAGAUGUGUCGCCGCGUUCAUAUACACCAACAUUACGCAACGCAUAUAGCGUCAAUAGGCCUUUACGAACGCCCACACCAACUCAGACACCAUCGCAAUCACCACCAGCACUCGUACCAGCACCGUUGCAACCACCCAAGACGCCUGAACCGCAAGGCAGUGACUUGUCGCCGUCGCAAUUGGUUUCACCUGCAAAGACGCCUUCACAUUGCACAUCUCCUGUAGCAACGGUGCCGGGUGAGGAUUUGAAUGAACCAGUGAAUUUGUUGGUCACACCAAAAACAGCAGCAUCGACAACAACAGCAAACACUACAACGACUCCAAAUACGCCGCCACUUUCGCGCAAACGUUUCCAUCAUCGGCGUUACUAUUUUGGCCAACAGCAACAGCAACAAAAGCAAUUAUAUAAUGACGAAAAUGAUGCUGACGCUGCUGAAGGGGGCGCAACCCAGUCGAGCGAGGCAAGCACCAUCAAGUCAAUACCAAGAAUUUAUGCCAAGACCAAGGUUAAUGCUGAAGCGCGUAGCCAAGCUGCCGCCAACGAAGGCGACGAAGACAACAGUGGUGGCGACUGGGAGUUGGCGGUUGACGGUUGA